AUGAGUUCUUCACCUCCGAUCCCACCAGAUACAGUAAUUACUGUAUCAUCAGGACCAGCCCCAAAAGACCCCUGUUUGGAUAGAUGCGUUUUAAUAGGAUUUUUAAGCAUUAUAUUCCUGGCUUUUGCAAUUGUUAUAACUGUGGCACUAGUUUUCUUUACUGAUGCCAAAGAUCCCCAGUUUCAAGUUGACUCCAUCAUGGUUUCUCCUCUCAACUUAUCCAGCAAUGUUGAUGGAACAAGAUCACAUUGGAGCAUUGGAAUCUUGGUGAGAAAUCCAACUAAAUUGUACUAUCUUGAGUACCAAAAAUUUUACGUUUUGGUUUUGCACAAUAAAACCGAGUUUGUAAGUGGAAAAACUGUUGAACCAUUUCAUCAAAGAGCCAAGAACAAGACCAAAAUUGUUGUUCAGACAGAAGCAGCAUUGUUGGAUGGAGUUGAUAGAAAGGGAGGAGUUGUCGGUUUCGAUUUGAAGCUCCUGGUGAACACAAUCUACUUACUUGGCCAAAACAGACGACAAUAUUCUUGGUUCGAUGUUCUUUGUAGCAAUUUGAGGGUUGAAUUCUCUUCGCAUGCACCCAAUGGAACAAUGGUUGGAGGAGCAAAGCAGUGUUCCAUCAAUUUAAUGCUAGCUCGAGAUUUUUCUGGACAUCCAUGGAACAAGCCAAAUUAA